UAGGCUAUACCGCACGGGGAUGUUUACAUGGGGGUCUGCGCCUGCAAGUUUGUAACAUAUACUAUCGCGGCUAUUCAAUCGAAUCAUUUGAUUUGAAAAGUCGCUCUGGUCAGACUGCAACGUUGAUUUUAUUUCUCGAGCAGUCAAAGGAUGGCGCAAAAUUACUUUUCAUAAUUCGCUGUUGGAGAAUAACGUUUUCAUCAUCAGACGAUUACUUCCGGGGCACCUCUGUGUUCAUAGUAAGGUUGAAAGUCCCCACCACGAUAGACAAAACAUCUGAAUUAUUUGGUUGCAAACAGUGGUUAGAGUGCUCCAUUCCACCCUUUCCUGUCUCUGACUGACUCACUCGUGAUGGCAGAACCACGCAGCCUGAUCUACGCCUCCAUCCCCCAGACACCACCUGGCAUCAUCAUGCCCCCAGCCGACAGCAGAGUCACAGCGGUGGUGAUGGACCCCAUAGAGUACACCCUCCGCAAGCGUCUCCCCAGGAAGCUGCCCAAGCGCCGCAAUGACGUGUACGUCAACAUGAAGACAGACUUCCGGGCCCAGCUGGCCCGCUGCCAAAAGCUGCUGGAAGGAGGAGGCCACAGCGAGAUCUGUGUCCAUGGUCUGGGCCUGGCCAUCAACAGGGCCAUCAACAUCGCCCUGCAGCUCCAGGCCAGUAGCCAGGGGGCGCUACAGCUGGCAGCCAACACGUCUACAGUGGAGCUGGUGGACGAUCUGGAGCCUGAGGACCCAGACGAGGCGGGGGAACCCAUGACGCGCACCCGGAAUAACUCUGCUAUUCAUAUCAAAGUGUUCUACCCAGACCCACAGUGACCCAAAACACUAUUGUCCCUAGCUUGGAUAUGGCUAACUACCUCCAUUGAUAUGGUGUCUGUAAUAUCGUACUGAUGGAGUCUAGUCGUAUCAGGGGUACACCUAUUCCAACCACCUGCAGUGGCUAAACCUGACAGUGUUGUUUAGAUGUGGGGAUAAUUAUCUAUGAACUGGUUUGAUUCCAAAUCUGUUGGAAUCUCUCUCAGUUUUGUUACAUAUUUUGUUAUGCAUGAUGUCAGUCAGAGCAGUGUAUUUGUCAGUAUCAAGAGUUUGUGUUGUUUCAUGGCAUCGUUAUUUCCAGACAAUCCCUUACUGCCUGAAACAAACUCCUAUAGGAAAUGGGACAGGCCACACUACGACCAACUCAUGCAAGCUACAAUACACCUGUUCCACGUGUGGGAAUAUGUUUAAUCUCUGAAAAGGAUGUGGGUUUGAAGCUUUCAUCAAAUGUAUUUGUUACACAUUUUUUGUUACUUGUGUAAACACUGGAUAUUAUUUGACCAUGGAAAUGAAGUUUGGGCAUGAGACGUGCCAAUCAUGUGUUUUACAUACCGAUGCCAUACAUUGAAAUCUAGCUCUGUGGAAGAGUCAAUAAAUAUUUAUUUUUGAUUUGA